AUGGCGCCGGCCGACACCAUGGCCCCUCCCGGGUCGAGUUCCUACUCAUCAGACACGAUGAGCGUGGGAGACGGGACCUGGGACUUCACCAAGAACACCUUCUUACUCCCCAAUCUUGUGGGAAUGAAUUUUGAUACCAUGCGAUAUAACGGCAUGGGAAACCGCUUUGCGACGAUACCGCAAUACCAUCGCAUCAUUCUGGCCCACGGUGUACUGGGCGCCAUCGCUUUUCUGUUCAUCAUCCCCGCAGCUGUUAUGUUUGUGAGGUUUCAUCGUGGGCCCCAAGAAGUCGCCAGGAGAUACCAUGCAUACCUCAAUGUUCUCGCUGUUGGCCUUACGACAGUCGUUUUCAUCCUCGGAUGGUUCGCGGUCGGCCCGAAUCGCAGCCUAACAAACCCCCAUCACGGUAUUGGAGUCGCAAUCUAUGUUUUGAUCCUCCUGCAAGCUAUCGGUGGUCGUCUCGUCAAGCAUAUCCGACAUCGUUCUUUGCGACUGACAGUCCACCACUGGUCUGGCCGAGCUAUCGCAAUCUUGGGCAUCGUCCAAGUUCCGCUGGGCCUGACCCUCUACGGCUCGCCCAAAUUCUGUUUCGUCCUUUACGCCCUCUGGAUGUCCUUUCUGGUGCUAUUGUAUUUCAUCUACAGUUACAAGCGAGACGGUCAUCAGCGGGAGUACUUGGCAGGAAGGAGGUCAGAGGUCAGUCGCUCCGAGCGGAGAUCAAGCGGCGGUGGCAUGAAAUGGCUUGGGCCACUAGCUGCCGGCGCUGGCGCGUGGGCUCUGCUCCGCGGACGAGGAAAGGACAGGGACAGGGACAGGUCACGAUCCCGGAGCCGCCAUCGUAGCCGCUCGCGUGUCCGAAGCCGAAGCCGCGGCCCCGAAGUCAUUCCGUCACGCCGAGGCUCCGGAAGCUAUAUUGAAGACGAGAAAUACUCUGAGCGCAGACCGGCUGGCGGAGGCAUCAUGAACAAGGUUCUCGGAGCAGGUGCUGCUCUUGGUGCUGGAGCGCUUCUCGGAAAGUUUAUGGGCCGACGCGACCGCAACACUCGGGACGAGGAAUACUCUGCUGUAGCGACCGAUACGCCAAGCCGGCCGAGCCGACUCUCUAGACCAUUCAGGAGACACGAUCCUGUGGUGACGGAGCUGAGCGACGAGACCGAGUAUACUCGCCACGGUGGCCGAGAUGGAAGGAGAACACCUCUCCUCCCUGGCCCAGGCAACCCAGUGCUCGCUGCAGAAGCCAUGAGCGCCGCAGCGCCUCGCCCUGGCACGGCCGCAAGACCGAUGACCCCACGUCCCUCUCACCGGAGAGGCGAUUCUAGAGUCGAUAGCCUUGAUGACUCGGAUUAUUCGUCGUACCAAAGCCCCUCGCGACGGACACCCGUCAAAGGGAGUGGUGGUGUCGGUAAGGGCUUGCUAGCCGGUCUGGGAUUGGGCUGGUUCGCGAAGAAGAUGGCGGACCGGCGAGGCAAGAAAGACAUCGACAGGAUGGAGGAGGAAGAGAGACGAACGGGAGCACACGGAUCACGUUACACCGGAGACGGCUAUCCCUCGCCCACGCGAAGAGACUCUCGUCGCCCCGGCCGUCCGCCGCUGUCAGCCAGAACGACGACCGCAUCAGACAUGUCGUCAUCCAUCAUCGAGACUCGCCCGCCAGCCGCGAGCGGACCGCCGAUGCCACCAUUCGCAGCCCCGAUGGGUGGCCCUGCCCCUCCGACGGUGAUACCCGUGCCUGGAGGACAUUCCAGAUCCCAGUCACGCUCAAGACACGAUUUCAUUGAGCCCGUCGAGAUGCCUGCAAUGCCUCAAGACCCGCAUGGUAUCCUGUAUCCAGAAUCUGGCAGCGAGGCAUACAACUCGUCUGGAGGAAGGCCGCACAGAAGGCAUUCAUCGCGACGAAGACGAGAGGGCGAGGCGGCCGCUGCAGCAGCAGUAGCGUCUGCCAGCCGGCUCGCCGCAGAGGAGGGACGCAGAGGAGGAGUGCCGCCUGGCUAUCCUCCAUCCGGCAAACCUGUGAGCGUCAAGGUCAAGGUCCACGACGACCGCGACCGCAAUGUGACGCUGCGCAGACUCACUGAGGAAGAGCAGGCAGCGUCAAGGAGGGAGCAACGGAGUCGACGACGGGAUGACUCGGCAAGCAGUCUAUCGGGCACAGACACGCCUAGCAGGCGGCGGUACCGACGGGACUCGAGUCAAAGGAGGGCAGAGUCGGCAGCCGAGCACGCAGUUGAGGAGCCUCUGGCACCGCUGUCGCCGCCGAACCCGGCUUUUGCGGCAGGACGCCGACCGAAGGAUUCUGCGUAUUAUUCCGGCCAACCUGGCCCGUCGGGUUCCAACCCUGCUGCCGGCCACACGGUGUCUACACUUGAUAGCGGCAGUCAUGGCACCUGGAGUGGCGUCAGCCCUUCGCCUAGCGGUCCGCUGAGGGAGCCGACGGCUUCGGCAGCGGACAGGCGCAGGAGGAGGCGGCUGGAGAGACGGGACGGGAGCGGAAGGCAAGCCGGCACCGUCGAGUUUGACUGA